AUGAAGAGAGUCAAUUGGGUUAAAGAUUUGAUUAAGGAGGAUGGUAGAACUUGGAACAUGAGGCUACUUCAGGAGUGUUUUAACCAGUCUGAUAAAGAGGCUAUUCUGAAUAUCAAAUCUCUGGAUCCUCUUUUGUAUGAUAAAAAUAUAACAAAAGUCGAUGGUCCCUGGAUGAUAAUGGGCUGUGAUACGGACCUCGUGACAAACGAGAACCCUGGUCGGCACUUCCAUGCUUGCUUGAAGAAAGAGGAAGGAGGAGGUUGUGUUUUCUUUGACUUGUAUGACCCCCCAAUGUGUCGUAGGGCCAAAGCACUAAUUCCUGGACUUUUGAAGAAGAUGAAUGCAGUGAAGAAGAGAUUUUGA